AUUGGCUCCGCCAAUGGUGGGUUGCAUGUGGCUGCACCAUGGUGCUAGUUUCUCUAGCCAAGUCCAUAAUUAGUGCAGCCAAUUCACACAUAUGGCUGGAGCCCAUUUUAGCAGGCUUGGUGGGCUAUGUGUUGGCUGACCUUGGCUCCGGAAUUUACCACUGGGGAAUUGACAAUUACGGUAGUGCCUUAACCCCAAUUGUUGGCGCCCAAAUUGAGGCAUUUCAAGGUCACCACAAGUGGCCAUGGACAAUAACCAGGCGCCAAUUCGCGAACAAUUUACAUGUUGUGGCUCGUGUUGUGACUUUCAUGGUGCUUCCUAUAGACGUCGUUUGUGAUGAUCCAAUUGUUCAUGGGUUAGUUGUAGGUUGCUCAGGUUCCAUUAUGUUUUGCCAACAAUUUCAUGCUUGGGCUCACGGCACGAAGAGCCAGUUGCCGCCAGUAGUCAUGGCACUGCAAGACUUGGGAAUCUUGGUAUCGCGGUCACAGCAUGCGGCGCACCACCAGAAGCCUUACAACAACAAUUACUGCAUUGUGAGUGGAGUCUGGAAUAGGUUUCUGGACAAGCAUAAGGUUUUUGAGGCAUUGGAGAUGAUGUUAUUUUUGAAGCAAGGGGUGCGCCCCAGGUCUUGGAGUGAGCCUACCUCUGAAUGGACAGAAGAAACUGAGAGUUCUUGAAAGAGAUGAGAUG